AUGGCAGGAGGACACGGAGGAUUCGAACCAGUAAAGCUUGACCCAGCAAUCGAACGAUGGUCAUCGAUGAGAGAAAAUGUAUAUCAACAUUUCAAGUUCACGAGGAGAGCUACUAGACAGGUGUUCACAUGGGGUUUUAUGGUGCCUGCUUUGAUUGCUACUAUCGCUGUGACGUUCGACAAUAAAUACGACUGGGCAGGUAAACAGAAAGGUUCAUCACUCUUAAAGGGAACACCAGCCAAGCCAACUCCAUCAGAAGAGUAA